AUGCUGGGCUGCGCCGGAGGCCAUGUUUCUCAGCCAGGAAUGAACUCGAAGAAGUUGGCCAGAGUAAUCUGCGCUACCGUUAUGGCCGGUGAACUGUCAUUGUUGUCGGCUCUCAGUGCCGGUCACCUGGUUCGUAGCCAUCUGCGCUACAACAGGUCGACCGCUUCAUUCAACACCCAAGAAGACCGUUCCGUUGCGCAGGCCGACCAUGGUUCAUCGGCGUUGCUUAGUCAGUUGGCCAGCGUUGCGCAUCCCUUCCUAAAGCCGUGCCAUCUGAGGCCAGAUUCUUGUUCCAAGGUGUUGACGUAA